UCUGGAUGUGAUAACGUUUUAGAGUCCCUGCUGCUGAUUCUGCUACCAGAUGCUGUUCCGCACACUCUCCUGUCCUGAGAUGGAUUAGUUAGCUUGCACAAAAGGUGCCUCUGUCCUGAUAACUUGCGUACUCUUCCCAGUUGCCUCGGAGAGCUUGGCAUAUGGAAUAAAUGACUGAUACAAGAUCGCUUCAUACAGGAAUUCAUCUGCAUGGGAAAUGAAUGCUGCGGGGAAGCAGCUGCCACCCCAAGUAGAGCGCCCGGUCAGCCUUUUUGUACCAACUUGGACUAAAACUGGUUUUGCACAGCUGUAUAAUGAAGGUUCAGAAAAUGCUUGUGAUGUACGACUCAGACUUACAAAGGAAGCACUAACCAUACAAAAACAAGACGUUGUCUGUGUGAGUGGAUGUGAACAAAGUUCAAAUCGCAGAGCUGUUACACUUCACAGAGACCCUGUUGGAGGAUUAGGUCUAAGCAUUAAGGGUGGUUCUCAACAUAAAGUGCCUGUUGUUAUAUCUAAAAUCUUCAAAGAUCAACCAGCUGACCAGAGUGGGUUGUUGUUCACAGGAGAUGCAGUAAUGCAGGUUAAUGGCAUUAAUGUUGAAAAUGCAACUCAUGAAGAAGUGGUACAUUUACUGCGGAAUGCUGGAGAUGACGUCACCGUUACUGUUUACUAUUUCAAGGAAGCGCCUUCAUUUCUUAAGCUCCCAUUAGGCUCUCCAGAUCCUCCCAGUGACCAUAGCAGUGGCACUUCUUCUCCUCUUUUUGAUAGCGGUUUACAUUUAAAUGGAAAUAUUUCAAACACGGCCCCAUCAUCACCUUCAUCUCCUACAAUUAAAGAUCUCAAAUAUGAGAAGCGAUGGAUAGAUGACGUUUCGAUUCCUUUAUUAAUGGCUCGAAUUUCAAGGUUUAAGGCUUCAGCAGCUAAACAAAGACCUAAUUCAUUUGAAUUGCUGGCACAAGAUGGCGUCAGCUCGGGGACUCUCCAGUUUAAUUCAGCACAUGACAGUGCAGACUGGCUGCGAGGAAUAUCAACAAAUAUUAGUGAUCUGACACAACAAAAUAUGAAAAUGGUGAACAAAUGCUAUUCUCCAUCUGAUCAGAUCCUUCACAUGGGAUGGGUGAGUGAAAAAGUACAAGCAUCGGACGGAUCACACAUUUAUAAAUUCAAGUUCCUGGUAUUGAAGGGUUCGUCCUUCUACAUCUUCAAAACACCACCAGUAAGUACACUUGACUGGGUACGAGCUGAAAAAAUGUACAACCUCUGUGAGGUUCUGUUUAAAAUUAGCAAGGUUUGGCCUGCUGAUGAAAUUUGGAUUCAGGAAAAUCUAUAUUUAAAUAUCAAUCAAAGUGAAGAGUUUGAAGAUCAGCGGCCAUAUUGUUUUAGCGUUUUGGUUGGCCAUGGCAAAAGUCAUUAUUUCAGCACAGAGUUGGGCAGUGAUUUGCCAGUAUGGGAAAGGUCAUUUCAAAAAGCAAUCUUUAUGGAAGUGCAAAGAGCAGGAUCCAAAACAUAUGCGUGCAGUAGUCAGGGGGAAGCUGUGUGUUUUACUGUGGAUUUUGUAUCGGGAUUCACCUGUUUUGACAACAAAUCCAAGAAUAUAAUUUGGCGGUUUAAGUUUUCCCAACUGAAAGGCUCCUCAGAUGAUGGAAAAAUGCGAGUAAAGCUGCUUUUUCACAAUGCUGACACAAAACAAAUUGAAAUGAAGGAACUGGAAUGUCAGGAUCUCACUGGUGUGUUACACUGCAUUCACUCCUUCAUUGCUGCUAAAGUUGCAUCGAUGGAUCCCAUGUUUAUAAACAGCCAAAGUAUAACCAGGAAAUACAUUUACAACACGUAAAAGGAAUAUUCUGAAGAACAAGUAUCGAGAAAAGUUAUUUUCCUAUGGGAUUUAUUUCAUGCACAAUUAUUUUAAAUAAAAGACUUUCGGAACAAAGCAGACACAAUAUUUCAUCCAUGUUUGUCUGCGUACCGCAGAUAUAUUCCCAUUUAUUUUACGUUACAUUUCAGUGUAUUCCAUGAAUCUAAAGCACAUUUUCCUAUUUCUUAUGUGAAAAGGAUUAUGAUAUAGCACUUUAAGAAAAACUAUCCCAGGUUUUUGAACAGGAUUUUAGGCAGAAAUCUAUUAGUAGGGCCUUGUUGUAUAUAACAUGAGCGCAUGCAUACUAUUACAUGUUAGAACUUUUUUAGUUACUUAGGGAUUUAAUCGAUACAAUCUGCUAUGUGCAGCUGUAAUGUAAUAUCCUGUUAAUACAUUUUUUGAUUUUAGCUAAUAUAUUUAUGAAGGAAUCAAAAAGAAGGCUGAAGUAUUUAUGUGUUUUGAUAAGA